AUUUUUUUUUAACAUUUUUUCCAUGUUUCUGGUAUCUUACCUUAUAUGGCAUUUUUCUGGCGCACUCUGUAUUUGUUUUAUUCAAGAAAUUUACAUCACUACGUAGUAAUUAUGUUUAGAACUGAUAAAUAACUAAUUCUUUUCAAUGGGUAUAAAAGCAAGAAAACCGAAUUUUUCAGUCUAUAAAUUUUUGAAAAAAAAAACCGACAUGGCCAGACUGCUAGUAUUAAAUUUUAUUUUAUUUUUUGUCUUCCAUUUUACACAUGGCGGAACUAAUAAACGUUUGAUCCAAUUAGGAAAAAGAUUUUCAAAACAAAUACAUGUAGAAGACAGUGAUAAAGAAGAAACCGAUGAAUUAUGUCCCAAUUUUGAUAAAAAUUUUGAUAACGCCUGGAUUUUGGCAGAAGAAUGUAUCAAAAAUAUCGAUAACAAUUUAACCAUGUGUGAACAAGUAAAGAAAUAUACACCGAAUUGUACACAACCUCUUGUUGAGGCCAUCCAAGAAUGUAUACCUGUUUUACCCGGUUUAGCAGUAAAAAGUUUUAUGUCGGUAGUGGACCAUUUUUGUAAAGAAACCGGAGAAAACCUCCUUGAGCUGUCGAAUCCAUGUUUCUGGAAAACAUUUCUGGAAGAUGACGAAAAACUUAAAAAAUGUGAAAGGACAAUCUAUAAUGAAUUGGAAAAUAUAAUUGAAGAUUCACCCUCCCAAAGUCAAUUGUGCAGUGUUCUAACGAAUUCCCAAAGCUGCUUGCACGAAAUAACCGAUUCUUGCAAAAGUGUAAAAACAAGAAACGCAUUUAUGGGUUUGUAUGAAGCCUUUAUGGCCCCUUGUAGCAAUGUGUAAAUUGUAAUUCAAUUUAAUUUUUUUUUGUAUUUAAAACAGAAAAAAUAAACUCU